UCUGUUACCCACACUCCCUUGCGUGGGGCCAUCUUGGACCCCUUCCUCCAUUGCCCACACUCCCCUGCGUGGGACCCUGGGCCAUGGACCCCCCAUUACUCACAUUCCCGUGCGUGGGCCCGUUCCCCAGCGCCCCCGGGUACCCAGCAGUCAUCUGUUCUCCAGGAUUCUGAAUCUUCUGAAUACCCUGCCCGCCCCCAGCCCCUGCUCGCUCUUACCGAAACCCCAAGGCUCCCACUCGUCCCUGGCCUCAAUCGGUGCCCCACGGGGCCCCUCCAGCUGCCCCCCCUUUCCUGGGAUUGCUACUUGCCCCCUUUCUUUGAUGCCUCGGUUUCCUCAGGAUUAAAACUGGGUGGUCCCUCCCAGGGGUUGCCAUGAGUGUGCGGAGUGGGGAGAGCUGGGCCCAGCUUAUAACAACCUUCCGAGCAGGCCCCACAGCCUUUCUUCUGGCCUGUGGGAGUGAUGAUACCUUCCUGGCUGAGCUGCUGCAGGACCUGAGCAGCGAGAGGAUCAGUGAGCAAACCAAGGUCUCCAUGCUGACCCUUCUGCUGGAGUUCCCCACCCUGCUGUGCCCAGACCCCGAAGUGGGUGAGCAGGUGGCUGGCUCUCUCCUAGCUAACUUUGCCCAGCUGCCCCAUUCACCCAAGCUGUCCUGGCUGCGGCGCCACCUACUGGUGGUGGUGGGGACUGUGCUGAUCUCCACUGAGGCCUUUGGGGAGGGCUCCCAGGCCUCUCGUGACUACCUCUCUCUGCUGCUGCACCUGGCCUCGGACCUCAACGACCAGCGGCAAGGGCCGGGUGAUCAUGGGGUGCGGGCAGCCGCCUGUGAGAGUCUGAGGGAGCUGGAGUGCUGCUACCCCGGCCUCUUCUCCCGGCGGUUGGACUCGCUGCGCUCCAUGCAGCAGCAGGAGCUCACGCCUGUCCACCAGGGCUAUACGCUGCUGUACAGCCUGGCCCUGCGCAAUGCCGUGCUGCUGCUGGCCCGCCGGGGCGAGGGGGCUCUCAGUGAAUUGCUGGCUGGCAACGAGGGGCUGGCGUGGGAGGCGGUGGGGAACGCCGGGGCAGUCUCUCCAGCGUCCCUUGACCGCCUGCUGCUGCUGCCCACCCCGGCCGAGACCAAGGAGCUGAAGUCGGUGCUGUCCCAGCUGCUGGAUGGCUCCUAUCUGCUGACACCACCUGCCCAGAGCCAGCUUCUGUGGCAUCUGGCCCAGGUGGUGUGUGUGAUCCGCACCCAGUCACCUGCCAUCUUCAAGGCGCAGCUGGUGCGGUUGUUUGGCACAGCCCAUGUGGCGCUGCUGCACGCCAGUCUGCAGCUCAAAGGGCUUUUCACCGACAGCCUCUUCACGGCCGAGGACGAAGCUUUCCUCCUGCGCCGUCUGGUGGGCAUGGCCCAGCAUCCCUCACUGCCCUCGCCCCUCAAACUCUUCUACCUCGACUGCCUGCUGCACUUCCCCGAGAACCGCCCGCUGGGCUCUGGCUCUGAGGAGGGGCUGCCCGUCCUGCUCACACCCCGCCUGGCCUCCUGCCUCUUCCCCUCCCUCUUCAACGACCCGGGCACCAUGCUGGCACGCCUCAACCUGCUGAGCCUGGUGUGCCUGGAAAACCAGGGCCCCGAGGCUGAGCGAGGUGUUGGGUAUAUCUUUGAGCAUGUCCUGGCACUGGCAGACACCGUGGCAGGUAAAGGUGGGCGUGAGGCCACUGGGCUCUUCUUCCGAGCCGCCUACCUCUUUGCCCGCUACUUUGGCUCAAGGCCACAGCUUAUGGGAGAGCUGACGGGCACCCUGGUGGGGCUGUAUCGCCAGCGCUGCUCCCUGGCCCCCAACCUCAUCAACCUGCUCAAUGAGACCCAGGCAGUGCUGGAUGACCCAGCCUGGCCCACAUCCUUGAGCAAGGCCCUGCAGGAGCUGACUGUGGGCAUGCCGCUGCUGCCACCCUGGGAGCAGGAGCUGGGCUGGCACCUCAAGCUGUUGGCCCGGGUGGCAAAGGAGAGUGGGGUCCCACAGGGCAGCACACUUGGGUUUCUGCAGCGCCUGGUGCGGCUGGCAGGUGCUGGACAGUUGGGAGAUUGGUACGUUGGCCAGGCUUUGCUGAGUGUCUGCCGCAACCUGCUGCAGCACCAGCCUCCGCCUGCCAUGGGGUGCCAGCUGGCUGAGCUGCUCCAAGACGUCUCACUGAGCUACCCGGAUGUGGACGUGCAGGAUCGGGCUCGCUUCUACUACAUACUCCUGUCGUGCCUGUCUGGGGACAAGCUGGGGGCAGUGCUGGCACCUGGGGGGCGCCUCAAAGCCCGGACUCUCUCCUCCUCCAUCAUGGCAGACAGCGAGAACUUCGCCGCCGCACUGACCGUGCACCCAGCCCCGCAACCCCUGCUGCUGCUGCAGCGUGAGGCCCCAGCCAAGCCCACCCUGGUACCAGUGCCAGCCUCCCAGCCGUGCCCUGCUGAUGCUCAGGAGGUGAAGGCCUGCUGCCGACGGCUCCUGGAGCUGCAUUCUCCAGCCCGGCUCAGCCUGACGUACCGGCUGCUUCACACAGGGUCCUCACCUGAGCGACUCUUCUGCCUUCUGCUGCGCUUCGAGUGCUCCGACAACUUCUAUGAACCAGUGCCUGACGUGUGCGUGCCCUGCCUCUCCGCCACCCACCCAUCUCCCAUCCUCACACUCCACCUGCAGCCCCGCUGCCCCUACCCCACCGAACUGGCAGUGAGCGCCUUGUACACCACGCAGACCGGCCUCACCUACUGCAGCCAGCUAGAACCACUGCGGGUGGCCUUUCCGGACAUUUUCCUGCCUCUGGCACUGCCCGUGAAUUGGGACUGUGAGAGCCGGCGCCACCUCUUUGACACCCUCUGGUCCUCCCUGUGCCCAGAGGGGUCAGGUGACUGCGCCGAGAGCCUCUUUUGCUGGCCCACCACCCAACAGCCCUUGGGUGUCCUGGUGCAGGCUCACUUUGCCAGCUACCUAGUGGCAGAGGAGUCGGGCACCUACAAGAUUGCCAUAGCCCUGCCUCCCCACUACCAUGUGCUGCUACAGGCACAGGGGACCCAGGGGGCAGCACGUGUCACCAUUCGCACUGACAACUGGAAGGUGCUCCCCCACCUGAGUGCCUACCUGCGGAAGGUGGUGGUGGAGUGACAGCCUCAAAUAGGGAUUGAGAGGUAUUUGUGAGUUGGGCACCCCCCAGAAAGGGGGAUCUGUGAGUGGGAGUAAAGGGGACAUGUCUCCAACCACCUGGGGGGGAUUUGAGAGUGGACAUAGGGAGACACAUCUCCUGUCCCCUAAGGGGCCAAUCUCUGAGCGGGGCUGGGAGCCUGAAAUGUAAAUGUCUGAAGCUCUGUACAAAUGCCUUUUGCAAGUAAAAUUUGCAGUGAAAUGAACAAAUUAGUGCAUGUGGGGAGGAGUGCAUUGGAGUAGGGACAGGGUGGUGCAUGGGGAGCUGUGGGGGAAGAUGCAAUGGGGUGGAGCUGAAGGAGCGUGGAGGUGGUACUAUGCAUUUGUGGGGAGUGCAAUGAGGUGGUGCUGUGUGUCUGAGCUCCUGUACUGUUCCUAGCUAAUGGGGAGGCUCCAGCACUGGUGCUGCUUGGAGCAGCUGAGCUGUAGUGCUGAAAGGACAGUUGGGAUGCAUUCUCCCCCUCACAAGCUGGAGGACUCUGUGUCUGCCCUGUGGGCCCAAUGCAGAAAGGAGGGUUUUGUUUCUGAGGCCUGUUCAGUCCCUGGCUACUCUGCUGGUACAGGGGUUGGUGAGCAGGGGCUGGCCCUAGGUGCUUUGUCA